AUGUCUUUUAAAGGUUCGAAUCCAGGAUUCUCUGUCAAUUGCCUCCUUCCUAGCCAGCGGACGGAGUUUGCAACCGCUCAAACCCUGGUUAUCACCCCAUCGAUAGAUCCUGAAAGAGGUGGAAAAGGUCAACGUCAGUACUUUCAACCGGGCGAGCGUCUUCCAUUCAAAGCGAUACGUAUUCUCGGCUCAGGAAGCUUCUCGCAGGUUGACUUCGUUCGCAGCUUGAACACCCCCCGAAAUUACGCACGUAAACGGGUACUUCGCGCCACCUUCUUCAGAGAAGAGCAAACGGAACAUAUGAAGCAGUUCAUCGCGGAGAUCGAAAUCCUAAAACGCCUUUACCACCGACACGUGGUAAAGUUUGUGGGGAGUUACACCGAUUCCAAAUACCUAGGUUUGAUUAUAUAUCCAGUUGCCGAAAUGAACCUAAUUACCUAUCUUUCUUGCGCCGAUACAGCUAGAUAUGGCGAACUGCGUACCUUCUUCGGUUGUCUCCCGACGGCCCUUGAGUUUCUACAUGAGCAAAAGAUUCGGCACAAGGACAUCAAGCCAGCGAAUAUCUUGGUUUAUGGCGGAAAAGUCUUGUUUACGGACUUCGGGAUAUCGCGCGACUUUACGGAUGCAGCAGGCAGUACUACGUUCGGCACAGUCAAUUGGAGCACGGCGCGGUACUGUGCGCCAGAAGUGGCUGACCGUGAAUCUCGAAAUACAUCGUCUGAUAUCUGGAGCUUAGGUGUUGUCUUCCUUGAGAUGGUCGCGGUACUUAAGGGCAGAGCAGUUGAAGUAAACUCAGGACAUGCUCAUACCACAGCGAAAGAAGCGUCCAACCGCGGCCGCGCUGGUGGCAUCUAUUAUUGCGGCAGGACGUGGAGUGCAGACCGGGCAACUCCCAACACGAAGUCGCUGGAGCGAGGAAGUGCGAUGGAUACCACUGGCAAAGGAUUGUUGGCGAACGAGCUGGUAUUAUCGAUCAACACGACAUUCGAGACCGUAUGGCAGACACACGAGGCAUGGACAGGGUAUUUUAUAGAAGAUCGGGGGUAUGUGAUGUUCGGAAAAGUCAAUACUAACAUCGCCGCAUAUGCUAUCGAAAAGGAGAGAGUUGCUCUGUGGCUUGGACCCAACACACCUACAGUAGUAUCAGGUCAACCCAUAGUCAAAGAAGCGGGCGCCCGACCCCGAUAG